CUCUCUCAUAUGUUUAUAUAUAGAGAUUCCUUCAAUUACUCUGAACUAUCAAAAUAAGAAAGAGCUCUUCUUUCAUAAAACCACAUUUCUUGAAGAAUUUCUGAGAGAGCCAAAAAAAGAGAAGACAAAACCGUUCAGCUAGUGUUAUUUAGAGUUCUUGUGAAUGUCUUCUGACCAAGGAAGUGGAACCAAUCCUUCGACGUUGCUAAGGGCUCAAAGCGGGCAAAGGCUUCGUCGAUCAAGAAGAAGUUCAGAAGCUCCGGGGAGCCAUCUUAGUCGGAGAUGGAGAGCCACGGUGACGCAGAAGGUUUAUUCCUUUAAACUCUACAACGCUCUCCGGCGUUCGCGGCGGAGCACAACGGUCCGGGACACGGCCGACAAAAUGCUAGCGGCAACGGCUCGAGGUGCCACUCGGUGGAGUCGAGCCAUUUUGGUGAGUCGAGUCAGGACGAGCCUGCACCGGCGCAAGAACACAAAGCCGUCGUCGGAGGUAAGAGGAGACGGAGGGAGGAUGAAGUUGUCGGCAGUAGGAAGUCGGGUCAGAGUUCUAGGUGGGUUGGUGCCCGGAUGCCGGAGAACGGCGUUAUCGGAGCUUUUGGACGAGACGGAGGAUUAUAUUGCGGCGUUGGAAAUGCAAGUCCGAGCCAUGACAGCCAUAUCGAAGAUUUUGUCUGAGUUUCAGUCGUCUGAUAAACUCCGUUCUGCCUUAUAGCCAACCAAUGUCUGUAAUAUUUGUUUUUAUUAAUUUCUUUUACGAAUUUAUGAUCCUAAUGUUUUUAAUCAUCAAUUGUUUGCCAUGAAAAAUAUAAAAAAUUAUCAAGAGUUGGACGAUA